AUGUCUCCUGUGAAUUUGUCUGGAUGGCGAAAGCUCCCCUUAAGCUUAGCUGAUCUAUGCAUUGAGACUACUCUUCGCUGCGGACAGUCAUUUCGAUGGCUGACGGCGCUAUAUAAUCAAUGGUCUGAGUCCGAUUCUAACUUUCGAGAGAAGGCCCCGAAAUUCACAGGAAUUCGAAUAUUAAGCCAGGAUGCAUGGGAGGCCCUAAUAGCUUUCAUCUGCAGCAGUAACAACAACAUAUCUCGAAUUUCCCAGAUGGUCCAUAAGCUCUGUAUAUACUACGGGCCCUUAAUUGGACACAUUGGAGAUGAAGCUUUCCAUGACUUUCCAACACCCCAGGCUUUGAGUGGAAAGAAGGUAGAGUCUCAUCUCAGAGAACUAGGAUUUGGUUACAGAGCAAAAUAUAUCGCCGAAACGGCCCGCAUAAUCUCGGCGGAAAAGCCAGAAGGUUGGCUCGAGAGUUUGACCAACCCUGAGAACCCCAGCUGGCCAGUGACGGAGACAUCCAGCGACAAAGAGCCACCCUCUUAUAAAUAUGCCCACGAACAACUCCUACUCCUCACGGGGGUUGGACCGAAAGUCGCAGACUGUGUAUGCUUGAUGGGUCUUGGAUGGGGAGAGGCAGUUCCGGUAGACACACACGUGUGGCAGAUUGCUCAGAGGGACUAUAAGUUUGGAAAGUCCAAGACGAAAACCUUCUCUAAAGCUAUGUACGACUCAGUGGGCGAUCAUUUUCGAAAGAUAUGGGGUGAUCAAGCCGGCUGGGCUCAGUCUGUCCUUUUCACCGCAAACUUGAAGUCCUUUUCAGGACAGGCAUCAGGCAAGACCGAAGUUGAAGCGAAAGGGGUCAAAGUCGAAAUUGAGGGAACGAAAGAGGUUAAGGUCGAAGUUGAAGAAUUUGAGAAGGCUACUAUUGUUAGUGCACCUGCUAUUCGAUCACGGAAAAGGACCCGAGUUGCCGCAGUAGAAACGAUCAAGGUUGAAACUCGGACUACUGAGAACGUACCACCCACCAGGAGGAGUAAGCGGACCAAAGUCUAG